UGGAAUCUUCAAAACAAGUACAUCACAAUUAAUAUUCAAAUCCUUUUGAAAAAAACAACCCACUAAAGCAAAAGGAAGACCAAGAACAGAGAUCAUACAAUUACACAAAUUCAACACAAAAUUUAAGCUAGACAUGUCCCUUCCAACAGCAUAUCAAGAGCACCUUCCUUCAUCACCACAAUGGCUAAACAAAGGAGACAACUCAUGGCAAAUGACAGCAUCAACCCUAGUUGGUCUACAAAGCAUGCCAGGUCUUGUAAUUCUCUAUGCAAGUAUGGUCAAAAAGAAAUGGGCUAUGAAUUCAGCUUUCAUGGCACUUUAUGCUUAUGCAUCAGUGCUAAUAUGUUGGGUUCUUUUAUGUUACCGUAUGGCUUUUGGUGAUGAACUUUUUCCAUUUUGGGGUAAAGGUGCACCUUCAUUAGGUCAAAAAUUUCUUACACAUCAAGCAAAAGUACCUGAAAGUACUCAUUUCUUUAAGAAUGGUACUGAAGAAGCUUCAACAACACAACCACUUUUUCCUAUGGCUUCACUUGUUUAUUUUCAAUUCAAUUUUGCUGCUAUUACUGUUAUUUUGUUAGCUGGAUCUGUUCUUGGAAGAAUGAACAUUAGGGCUUGGAUGGCUUUUGUACCUCUUUGGCUCAUUUUCUCUUACACUGUUGGUGCUUUUAGUAUAUGGGGUGGUGGAUUUUUGUAUCAUUGGGGUGUCAUUGAUUUCUCUGGUGGCUAUGUUAUUCAUCUUUCUUCUGGAAUUGGUGGAUUCACUGCAGCUUAUUGGGUUGGGCCAAGGUUGAAGAGUGAUAGGGAGAGAUUCCCACCAAACAAUGUAUUGCUUAUGCUAGCAGGAGCAGGAUUGUUAUGGAUGGGUUGGUCAGGGUUCAAUGGUGGAGCACCAUAUGCAGCAAACAUUGACUCUUCUAUUGCUGUACUCAACACUAACAUAUGUGCUGCAACUAGUCUUCUUGUGUGGACCACUUUGGAUGUUGCUUUCUUUGGUAAACCUUCAGUGAUUGGUGCUGUUCAGGGUAUGAUGACAGGACUUGUUUGCAUUACUCCAGGAGCAGGACUUGUGCAGUCAUGGGCAGCUAUAGUGAUGGGAAUACUAUCUGGGAGUAUUCCAUGGUGGACUAUGAUGGUCCUCCACAAGAAGUCAACUCUUCUACAAAAGGUAGAUGACACCCUUGGAGUGUUUCACACACAUGCUGUGGCCGGCCUUUUAGGAGGCCUCCUCACAGGUCUCUUAGCAGAACCAGAUCUUUGCAGACUCAUAUUGCCGGUGACUAACUCAAGGGGUGCCUUCUAUGGGGGCGGUGGCGGCAUUCAGUUCUUGAAGCAAUUAGUGGCAGCACUUUUCAUCACUGGAUGGAACUUAGUCUCCACCACACUAAUUCUUCUCACCAUACAAUUGUUCAUACCGUUGAGGAUGUCGAACGACCAGCUCGAGACUGGUGAUGAUGCUGUCCACGGCGAGGAAGCUUAUGCACUUUGGGGUGAUGGAGAAAAGUAUGACCCAACUAAGCAUGGAUCCUCAUCAAAAGCAGAUGAAAUUGAAGUAUCACCAUAUGUUACUGGGGCAAGAGGUGUAACCAUAAAUUUAUGAGUCACAUAGAUAUAGUUUGGUAUAUAGUGUAGUGUUAUGGUGCAAUGUAAUGACAUGUACGUGUAAGCUAGAUUUUGAGCAUUGAUAAUAUGAAAUUAUAAAUA